UUUUUUUUUAAACAUGGCGGUCAGGAGUUGAUAAGAUUUCGAAAGGAUUAUAUGUUUUUUUUUUUUAAAUAUAUAUAUAAUACUGUUUUUACGCUUGAAAUGCUGUAGGAAGGCGGAAAUGAUAGCAAGCUAAACUGGCAUGUUAUUGUUGUGUUGAAGAGAGAGAGAGGUCAUUUAAGCUGUCAUGCUGUUCCUAACGCGGAAGACACAGCUGCAUUUCUGUUUUUAAUGACGGUUGAUGGGCAGGUGCUGCGCAGGGCCUGUCGGAUGAAGGUUGCCAUCGCCUGGAACUAUGCAGCAGAAGCGGAACAUCCGGAUCAUAGAAUGGGAAGACCUGGACAAGAGGAAGUUCUACUCCCUCGGCGUGUUCAUGACUUUAACCACACGCGCCACCGUCUACCCUUUCACCCUGAUCCGAACCCGGCUGCAGGUCCAAAAGGGGAAGUCGCUUUACAACGGCACUUUUGACGCCUUCUGUAAGAUCCUUAAGACAGAAGGCGUGCGAGGACUGUACCGGGGCUUCAUGGUCAACACCUUCAUGCUGAUCUCAGGUCAAGCCUACAUCACUACCUAUGAGUUGGUUAGGAAGUACGUCUCUCAGUAUUCCUCCAAUAACACCGUCAAGUCUCUGGUGGCCGGCGGCUCUGCUUCUCUGGUGGCACAGAGCAUCACUGUGCCCAUCGACGUGGUCUCCCAGCAUCUCAUGAUGCAAGGCCAGGGGGAACACCUCACACGCUUUAAGCUCAAGCCCAAGAUGGCCGUCACCGCAUCGAAGCACAGAGUGAUUUUUGGCCAGACCCGAGACAUUACAUUGCAGAUUUUUGCUGCGGACGGUUUUCGGGGUUUUUACCGUGGCUAUGUGGCGUCUCUUCUCACUUACAUCCCUAACAGCGCAGUGUGGUGGCCUUUUUAUCACUUUUACUCAGAGCAACUGUCCCGACUGGCCCCAUCCAACUGCCCUCACCUCCUGCUGCAGGCUGUGGCCGGACCUAUGGCUGCUGCCACCGCCUCCACCCUCACCAACCCCAUGGACGUAGUGAGAGCCAGAGUGCAGGUGGAAGGCCGUUCAUCAGUGAUUGAAACAUUUAAGCAGCUCAUGGCUGAGGAGGGCAUGUGGGGCCUGACCAAGGGACUCUCCGCUCGCAUUAUCUCCUCCUUGCCAACCUCCAUCCUCAUCGUCAUCGGCUAUGAAACGCUGAAGAGGCUCAGCCUGCGGCCUGAACUCGUCCACACCAGGCACUGGUGAAAAGCAGGGUGUGGUCCAGGAUACAUGAACGCAAGGCUGAUUCCCCCCUCCCUUUUUAAUGUUGCAUUUUGAUAUUUUAACAGUUGAUCGAUCAGGCUUUGAGAGAUAUACAUGUACAGCAUAAGUGGGAUUUUGGGACGGGGACCAGACAGUACAGUAUGUACGGUUACUUUGCAGAAUUUUACAGGUUCAAGAAAGUAUUAGAUGAGCUAUGAUGUUUCAUUGCCAAGAAACUAACGCAAAUCAAAUCACAGCACACAUGCAGAAGUAGCGUUCUGUGUAUAUAUACAGGCUGAUUUAAGCCGAAUCUUUUUGUAAAGCUGACAAACCGAACAGCUUUAUAAAGUCUGAGGUAAAAUUUCCAGCCUUUACUAGAGACACGUUUGUCGAACGAAACGUAAAGUUAGAAUGAACGCAACCGAUGACUGCUUAUCAGAUCUGACGCGUAUUUCAAAAUGCAAACACAGUAGUCCAUGGGGUCACGCUGAUUAGGACACAUCCCUCAGAGAUGAGCGUUCAUGAUGUUGCUUGUUAAAAACACAAAGUCUGACCUCUGAAUCCAAUGAACUGCUUUCCUUUUCAAUAAAGGUUAGAGAAGGUCUACACACUUUUUUACAGUAUUUACAUUUUGUGCAGAUGGUUUCAUAGUGUGCUUUUGUAAUACAUAAUUCCCAGUGACGUGCAAUCCCUGAGAUGUAUGUGAGUUUUUAAAUCACACUCGCCAUAAUCUGAAUCAGAUGGCUGGCAUUGUGCUCGAAUCGUAACCAGCUAUGAAGAUCACAGUGAGUGAAUGUAUAUUCAUGAAUAAGUGGUGAAAUGAUUACUGUGGUCUCCUUCACUCCUUUUUGUGUCCUUUGACUUAAUAUUUUAGGUAUAAAAGAUGUUGUGGGUGUGGCCAGUUUUAGAUUUGUAUAAACAUGACCUAUCCAUCUGUACAAGAGAGAAAUUGAUUCCUUGUAUAAUGCUUGUGUAUGUGUGAGAUUAAACAAUGGUUUAUUCAGAAAUAAAAAAACUUGUGAUGAAAGGUCA